GACUCCAGAAUUCAGCCGAGAGGUUAAACUUCACUGAAGCAGCAGUCCAUCACCCAAAACAAGCUAUGAGGGUAUUUUUCCUUCUUUUUGCCGGCGUUGCUUUGUGCAUCACAACAGCAAAUCCAGUGCCUGACAUGAAGCAAGAGUCACCACUGGAGCUGAUCCCUGCUCAGCAAAACAGGACUGAUGCACUUUUCCCAGGGAACUGUCCCCCUGAGUUUCAUGAGCACUGGGAGCGAUGCUUCGGCUUCUUUAAUAUCCCCCUGGCUUGGAUAGAUGCCGAGAAAUAUUGUUGGUCGUUUGGUGCCAACCUCGCCUCCAUCCAUGAAUGGGAUGAGUAUUAUUUCGUAAUAAAGUUCAUGGAAGAAAAGGGAUACAAUGGUCCGGCGUGGAUUGGCGCCUUUGAUGCUGUCAGGUUUGGAGAUUGGCUAUGGAGUGAUGGUUCAGUAACUGAUUUACUCAUGGCCCCUGACUUGCUAAAGAGCUGGAAUAAAUGGGGACGUUGCCUUGCAAUAGAUUACCCCACACCGAAACGUCCUGGUUGUGAAGAGAGGCUUCCUUUCAUUUGUGCAUUUAGACCAGGGCUGUGUUAUUAAGCACUUACCUGCAAUCAAUCACAUGAAACCAAAAUCUAAAAUUCCUUUCCUUAUUUGCAAAAUAAAAGUGGUUUCUCUUAAAUCAUA